GGGAAGAGAGAGAGUGGACGGGCAGAAGGUCCCGUUCGAGCUUCUUGCGGGGGUUUUGGGUUCGAUUUGGUUUCUUUGAAGCUUCGAGAAUGUUGGAUUGCAGGCCAUUGGGGUUCUUGAUUGGCCUGCCUUUUGCUCUCCUCUCGUUGGUUCUUUCUCUAGUCGCUGCUGUCGUCUGGCUUUUCGGGUCGUUGUUGAGUUGCUUGUGCCCCUGCUGCUGCUGCUGCGCAGGCAUUGCGAACUUGGCCAUGGAAGUGAUACGGCUGCCCUUCAAGGUCAUCAUUUGGUUCACAGAUCAGAUCCCUUGUUGACAAAAUCAAUGCUGCUUCUCCAGUACCAGUAUGUAUGUUAUUUACAAUUUUUGUACUAAUUGGUUUUGACGUUACUGUAAAUUGUAUGCAUAAUGCAUUGUUGUUGUUGUUCUUCUUCAUCUUCACCUUGAUGUGUUAUAUCCCAUUAAUCUUGUUUAGCAUCGUGUUGUUUGUUAUGGUAGAUUUCUCUAUAUUCCAAGGGAUGGAUUCCUCCUUCUAGGCAGUGGUUUGAUUUUGUGUUAUUGGAGAUUGAUUUAUUCUUUCCAUAUAUCUCUUGAAUUUAUUGAGAUUGUGACGAAUCUAGCAAUAUUUAGUUAGGGUCUGGUUACCUCUUCACUCUUUAAAUUUAAUUGAUAAUUACUAAUUAGAGUGUGACUCGUGGAUAUAUUGCUUGUUUGUGUGUUUGUUUUUGAUUAGGUAACCAUUAAUUAAUUUCAAUAAGAAGUUUUUAGACAAAAAAACUCAUACUAGAUGCAAUUAGGAAAAGAAAAUUUUGAUUUAUUUUAUUUCUAAUAUUAAAAUCUUAGAGUUAGUUUAAAUUUUGUUGUUAGAAUCUAAUAGAUUUUAUUUUAUUUAUUUAUUUAUUUAUUUUUUCAUGUAUUAAUUUUUAAUUUUUCUUAUUUAUACUACUUUUAAUAUCAAAAUGUUAGAAUUUAUUUGUAAUGUGUCAUAGGUAAAAAAUCCAUUAAAAAUCAAAGAGCCCAACAAAAAGUAAAGUCCAAAACAAAAAGGAAAAUGGUCAAAAAACCAGUCUCUGGGAGACUGAAGUGUCUCAAGGAGACCAAAACUGAUUUUCUGGGAGAUUGAAGUCUCCCGGAGACCGGCAUGCAACCCAUUCACGGGGAACCUCCUUGUGGGAAAAGUUCUGAACAAAACAUGAACUUGAUAAUUUGGACAAAUGAAAUAUUAUUUGGAAAUUUAGUAAAAAAUAGAUAUUAUUUAUAAAAAUUAUAAUUCUAACUGAUCUCAAAAUAUUAGUUGUGUUUAUCACGAAUCUCACAUUCUUUUAUAAAUAGGUAAAUUCUCAUUUUAAAAAAAAGGUAUUUAUCUGAUAUUAAUUUUAAUAUUACAUGCAAAUUUAUAGUAAAUUCGAGUUUAGGAUAUUAUCAAAAAAGGAGAAAAAUAAAAACCAGCCCGAUGUUAACUUUCUGGUCCAUGACAGAGUAGAAGGCAAUAUCAAAAAAUAAAGAUAAAACUUAACCAUUUGAUCUCAUGUGUUACAAAUAUAAAAUGAUUAAAUAUAUAUUUUAAUUUAUAUAUUUUUUUAUUUAAAUACUCGAACAUUUUGUCACUUCGAUUACAUUAUUAAAUUAUGUAAUUUGAAGUUAAUUACACACUUCGCCACAAUUGAUUUAGCAAAUGCGAUGCAGAUGCACUAAAAUACCCAAAUUACCCUUCACAUGCAUAAUUUUUUACUAUCGACAAGAUAAGGUAGAGGCUAGCAUGCGAAGGCAUCAACAAUAGACAAAGACAAAGAUGAAUGGUGGAUGACAAUUGUUGUCGGUUUGAAAAAGUGGAAGAUGGAAGGUGAAGAGGCAACUUCGUUGACAUUCGCUCGCUUGCAUUCGUCUUUUGUCGCCAUUGCCCUUUUGCCUUUGGUCUUCAUCUUCGCCUUUGCUUGCAGGACUAGCUCAAGGACUUAGGGGGCCAUAAGCCAUCACUAAUUUAGGGGUCCCAAUCUCUUAAUGAAAAAUUAAAAAUUUAUUAAUUUUAUUUUAAUAAUAAAAUUAAAAUGAUUAUUUAUUAAGCUAAAGGGGUUAGGGUCUUAGACAAUUGUCUCACCAACUUACCCCUUCAGCCGGCCCUGUUUGCUUGUCGUCAACAUCUAUCAUUGAUGCCUUCACCUAUCGUCUUUGGCAACUUGUACCUGCCUUGUUGUUGGCCAUAAGUUAUGCGUAUGAGAAGAAAUUUUGAUAUUUUAACGCACAUGCAUUGCAGGCAUUAAAUUAAUUGUGAGGAGAUGUGUAAUUAACUUGAAAUUAUUUAGUUGAGUGAUGUAAUUGGACCAAUAAAAAGUUUGAGUGUCUAAAUGAAAAAAAAAUGUGUAUUUAAACUAAAAUAUAUAUUUUAUUAAUAUAAAAUAUUAAAAUUUAUCACUUUUUAAAUUUUUUAAAAAAUAUAAAAAU